CCAGAAUGACUAGAUUGAAAUUGAGUUAAACAUCGAAGAUGCAGCUAUUCACUCAAGUUAUUCUAUUCGCCGUGGCCCUGAUCAGUGUCAGUGCCGUGCCGCAUGUUGCACAGGAUGUUGGUCUGGAUCAGGUCCUUUUCCGCAUGGCGCUGGGUGAGAGCGAGGCACGGGACCUGACUCCGGCAGCCCAGACCUGUGCCAACAACUACGUGAACACGACCCAGAAGAACGCCGAGAAGCUGGCAAAUGCCACCGAUGCCUGCGAGCAGGCAGCCAAUCGCACCAAGGUGGCCUUCAGCCAGUCUAGCAACACCACGGUGAGCCAAAUCCGCCUCCAGCUUUUGAGCCUGGAGCAGAACCUGCAGCUGUGCCGCAAUGAGACCGACGCGGCCCUUUUCCUCAACUGCACUGUAUCCACUUUCGACAAGAACCUGCAGCUGCUGGACACCUCCAACUCGCAGGCCUACCAGACCCAGACUCAGUUCAGCUCCAAUGCCACCCAGAUGGCUGCCCAGAGGACCAACUGCAUCAGCUCCGCUGUCAGCGAGGCCAAGGUGCAGUCCAUCCAGACGGCCAAUGACUUCGAUGCCUGUGUGGCAAAGAUCCCCGGCCAGCGGGAUUUAGAUGUUCCGGUUCCCCAGCAGAAGGAGCAGCAGCAGGUGAAGCCAAUGCCCGCCCAGGUGCCCAAGGAUCAGGUCCCGGCCCAAGGAGCCAAGCAGGAGAAAGAGGACGUUCCUUUGAGCAACUAAGAUUAAAAAACUUUAAUCAUCAAUAAACUGUUUAGCUUCACAGAGA